AUGGCGGCGGUUGAUUCAUUGUCUGCAAGUGGUGCUAAACCCGGGUUUAAGGCUAUCCCGGGGAUAGUGAAGGAUAAGGUGGUGGGGGUAGCCAAGAAUGCAAGCAAGAUUGGGAAAGAUGAUCCAAGGAAAGUGAUGCAUUGUGGAAAAGUGGGAUUAGCUCUCACCCUCAAUUCCUUGUUCUACUACUACAACCCUCUCUAUGACGGGUUUGGACAGUCGGGAAUCUGGGCUGUCUUGACUGUCGUGGUUGUCUUUGAAUUCACUGUUGGUGGAACUCUUUCCAAAAGCUUAAACAGAGGUUUUGCUACAUUCUCAGCUGCUUCUCUGGGCUUUGGAGUUGUCUACUUGGCUCAACUUUCUGGCCGAGACGAACAAGCUAUGGUCAUUGGCGUAGUAGUUUUCAUUCUAGCUGCGUUGACAACUUUCACAAGAUUUUUCCCUAGAAUAAAAAAGAAGUAUGACUAUGGGAUGGUGAUAUUUAUCCUGACCUUUAGCAUGGUGGCGGUUUCCGGUUACCGGGCGGAGAAGAUCAUGGUGAUGAGUUAUCAGCGGCUGUUAACGGUGGUCAUCGGCGGCGCCACCUGCAUAAUCAUUUCCAUUCUUGUUUGCCCGGCGUGGGCCGGAGAGGAUCUACAAAACCUGAUUGCCGGUAACAUAGAGAAGCUUGCAAAGUCAUUGGAAGGUUUUGGGAAUGCAUAUUUUUGCUUUCCGGAUGAAGAUGACGAAAGUGGGGUGGUGGCCAAGGGUGAUGACAAGGCAUAUGAUCAUCAACACUAUAAAAGUGUCCUUAAUUCUAAGACCUCAGAGGAAUCUUUGGCAACAUUUGCAUGGUGGGAGAUUGGUCAUGGAGAGUUUAGAUUUCGUCACCCAUGGAAGCAAUACUUGAAAGUGGGAGAUCUUGCUAGGGAAUGUGCGUCCCAUAUUCAUGCACUUUCUGCAUACUUAACCUCUGAAAACCAGGCACCAAUAGAGUUUGUGAAGACAAUCAAAGAGCCAUGCAUGGCCAUGUGUUCAGAGUCCACCAAAGCAUUAAGAGAGCUCUCAUCAACCCUCAAAACCAUGACCCAUCCAUCGCCGGCGAUCCAAACCCAUCUCCAAACCUCAAAAGCCGCCAUAGCCGACCUCCGGGCGGCGCUUCAGGCAUCUCCGGCCGCCGGUGCCGGCGCCGGCGCCGGCGCCGACCUCUUCUCGAUCAUCCCGGUUCUCGCCGUGGCGUCCAUUCUCACCGACAUCGCCGCCUGCGUCGAUAAAAUCUCCGAAUCCACCGAAGAGCUCUCCGUCAAAGCGCGUUUCAAGAAACCCGGAAAGGCCGAUAACAACUCCUCGGCGCCGGCGCCGGCGCCGGAGCUACAGCUGCUCCACCGUGGAACUGUGAAUCCGGUGGCGGAAGACGAGGGUGGUUACGCGGCGGUUGCGAUCAGCGGCACGUCCCAGGACUCGCCGGAGAUCGGGAAUUCGAACCCACCGGAAGAUGAAACAAAAAAAAUCAUCAGCAAAAGCGGUGAAGCAAAUAAUAUUGUAAAUAAAACUUAA